GGCGUAGCCGGAGCAAGGGGAUUCCGCGCGUGCGCUCGGCUCGCUCCGUGUGGCUACGGCGGGAGGUUCCUGGAUAAUGUCGGCCCCUUUUGAGGAGCGCAGUGGGGUGGUUCCAUGUGGGACCCCGUGGGGCCAGUGGUACCAGACCCUGGAGGAGGUGUUCAUUGAAGUUCAAGUGCCGCCAGGGACUCGUGCCCAGGAUAUCCAGUGCGGCCUGCAGAGCCGGCAUGUUGCGCUGGCCGUGGGUGGCCGCGAGAUCCUCAAGGGUAAACUCUUUGAUUCUACAAUAGCUGAUGAGGGAACAUGGACUUUGGAGGAUAGAAAAAUGGUUCGUAUUGUUCUUACAAAGACAAAGAGAGAUGCAGCAAAUUGUUGGACUUCUCUUCUAGAAUCUGAAUAUGCAGCUGAUCCUUGGGUGCAAGACCAAAUGCAGAGAAAGCUUACAUUAGAGAGAUUUCAGAAAGAAAAUCCUGGUUUUGACUUCAGUGGAGCAGAAAUCUCAGGAAACUACACUAAAGGUGGACCAGAUUUCUCAAACCUUGAGAAAUAAUUGCUGGGUUUCUUUGCUGCAUUGUGUGGAUCCUAGCAGAUGUUGCAAGCUUGAUCAAAAGAUCAGAAUAUGUGGUCAAAGAAAUAUUUCGAUGCCUACAGUUAACAAAUUACAAAAUAUAUUUAAAUAUGGUUCUAAAAUUUGCAUUUAAAUAUGAUUUACAUAGAAAACGUACUGUGGAAGCUAUUCUGUGGAUAUGUGGUAACCUUUUUUUGGACUUGUUUUUGCCCAGCAUGAAGUUUUAUAUGCUGCAUUUUACUAAUUUCAUAUUUAAGUGUAUUUUUAAUACAAAAAUUAUUAGGGUAUAGAUCAUGUGAAAUGAAAGGAUGCCUUCAGGAAAAAUUAAGUUUUUCUUUUGACAAGUGGGAUGCAGGAGAAAUGUUCAAUAAAGUUUUCUAACUAGGGGUUGUGUACCCCUUUGUCUAAGUAUACCAAUUCACACAAGGGAAUUAUAGUACUCAAAAAAAUAUUUAAGAAAGGAAAAAAAUCUACAAAUGUAUUUUGAGUAAGUAAAUUUUAAGAGUUAAUGAAAAUUUCUUAAUUAGCAUAUUAUUCCUUGAGGGAUUAGUUAUGUUAAGAAAUUGAAAAAUAGUUAAAAAUCUAAAAAUAGGAGUGGAUUAAUACAAAAGAAGCAGCAAAGUGAAUAUAGUUAUUGAGCGAGUCCUUUAUUAGUGGUAAAAAGAAAAUUAAGGUCACUUAUUGUAAGUCAGUUUGAUCUUCAGUGAUCCAGACAUAAAGGUAGAAAUUGUCUACUGAAGUUUUAUUUCAUCCUUUUUAUGGUCUUUUUAAUUCUUAAAAUAUUUUAAAUCUUAAAUACAUAGAAAAGUUACUACAAGUACACAGAAUUUUUUCUUCCUGAACCAUUUGUGAAUAAGAUGAGGACAUGAUGCCCCAUUACCUCUGAAUACUUUAGUGUUCACUCGCUUCAAAGGACAUUCUCUUACAUAACUACAAUGCACCCAUUAGUUUUUUUUUGGCGGCUGGCUGGUACAGG